UUGUCUGCCUUCUCGCGAGAAGGCGCGAAGUUUCCGGUGUUGUGUAUGUUCCUGGAAACAUGGCGGCCAGCUUCCGCGGCCGUCCUAUCCGGAGUCUUCGGAUGCGAGGUCGGAAUGACAGCGGGGAGGAGAACGUACCGCUGGAUCUGACCAGAGAACCAUCAGAAAACUUCCGUGAAAUUCUUCAAAAUGUGGCCAAACCGCACGGAGUCAGUAACAUGCGAAAACUGGGCCACCUGAACAACUUCAUAAAGCUGCUAUGCAGCAUUGGCUACCGUGAGGAAAACUUUGGGUUUACACAUGAAGAAAUCAUCAUUUGUCUGCGACUAGCUCUACUCAAUGAGGCCAAGGAGGUGCGUGCUGCAGGGUUGCGGGCGCUCCGCUACCUCAUUAGAGACACCAGCGUGCUGCAGAAGGUCCUCAGACUACAGGUGGACUAUUUAAUAGCCAGAUGCAUUGAUAUCCAGCAGAGCAAUGAGGGGGAGAGGACACAGGCCCUGAGACUAGUCCGAAAAAUUAUCACCGUCAAUGCAAUGCUGUUCCCCACCUCUAUCGCAAACUCUCUAAUUGCCGUGGGCACUGAUGGACUACAGGAGAGAGACCGCAUGGUCCGCGCAGCCAUCGCCAUUGUGUGCGAGCUAGCCCUGAAAAACCCAGAGGUGGUGGCCAAACGAGGAGGCCUCAGCACCAUCCUUAAGAGCGUGAUCGACUGUCAGCUGAGUCGCAUCAACGAAGCACUGAUCACCACCAUCCUGCACCUACUCAACCACCCACGUACCCGUCAGUAUGUGCGCGUUGACGUCGAGCUGGAGCAAAUCCUCGCCCCUUUCACAGAUUUUCACUACCGUCACAACGCAGACACGGCUGAAGGGCAACUCAAGGAGGACAGAGAGGCACGCUUCUUGUCGAGUAGAAUGGCCAUAGUGGCAGCCUUUCGCUCCUGGUCUGGGAUUAUCAACCUAUGCAAGGCUGGAAAUUCUGGAAUCCAAUCUUUAAUUGGCUUACUUUGCAUACCAAAUAUGGAAGUUAGGAAAGGUUUGUUGGAGGUGUUAUAUGAGAUAUUCAGACUCCCUGUGCCCAUUGUAACUCAAGACUUCACUGAAGCUCUUCUAAGUGUUGACCCUGCCAGGUUCCAGGACACCUGGAGACUCUCUGACGGGUUUAUUGCUGCUGAGGCCAAAGUCAUCCUACCCCAUCGGGCCCGCUCGAGGCCUGAUCUGAUGGACAACUACCUGGGAUUUGUCCUGUCUGCCUUUAUCACCAGUGGGCUGUUAGAGGGUCUUGUAGAAGUUGUGACCAGUAGUGAUGACCAGCUUGCUGUCAGAGCUACCAUCCUGUUGGGAGAACUUCUGCACAUGGCAAACACCAUCCUUCCUCAUUCCCACAGUCACCACCUGCACUGCCUUCCCACCCUCAUCAACAUGGCCGCCUCCUUUGACAUCCCCCAGGAGAAACGACUUCGGGCGAGUGCAGCAGUUAACAAUCUGAAGCGUUUCCAUGAGAAGAAGAAGAAAGGAUUGAAACCGCACAGUCUUUACCUGGACCACAUCAUCCGCAAGUCUGUGUCUUCACAUAACCGCAGAGAGUCACACUCACGUGUCCACAGAGACAUCUAUGUCAUUAAGGACACAGAAGAAGCACUGAUGAUGAACCUGAGAGACAGUCACAUUCUCAACCACAAGCACAACCUGGAGUGGAACUGGCUGCUUAUUGCCACCAUCCUUAAGUGGCCAAAUGUAAACCUCAGGAACAACAAAGAUGAACAGAUGCACAAGUUUGUGCGGAGGCUGCUGUACUUUUAUAAGCCCAGUAGUAAAUUGUAUGCAGGGCUGGCACUGGACCACGUAAAGGCCAGACAACUCACUGUGGUUGGUUGUCAGUUUGUUGAGUUCCUCAUGGACUCAGAUGAGGAUGGCCAGGGUUAUUUGGAGGACCUGGUGAGAGACAUGGUGUCAUGGCUCUCCUCGUCCUCAGGACUGAAGCCUGAGCGCUGUCUGCAGAGUAAUGGCCUGCUCACCACACUCAGCCAACACUACUUCCUCUUCCUGGGGACACUCUCUGCACACCCGCAGGGAGUCAAACUGCUGGAGAAAUGUGGCCUGUUUCAGUGCCUGCUGAAUCUGUGCUCUGUGAAGAACCAGGAUGCUGUGCUGAAACUUGCUGUAUCCACACUGGACUACAGCAGAGACGGUCUGGCCAGAGUGAUCCUCUCCAAGAUCCUCACUGCUGCUACUGAUACGUGCAGGCUGUAUGCCACCAAACACCUCCGUGUGCUGCUGCGUGCGGGCGUAGAGUUCUUCAGCAGCUGGGGGAUGGAGCUGCUGGUCACGCAGCUUCACGACCACAGCAAGGCUGUGUCCAUGGAGGCCCUGGACAUACUGGACGAGGCCUGCGAAGACAAGGCCAACCUUCAUGCUCUAAUCCAGCUGAAACCAGCUCUGUCCCACCUGGGAGACAAAGGCCUCCUGCUGCUCCUCAGGUUCCUGUCCAUUCCUAAAGGUUUCUCCUACCUCAAUGAGAGGGGUUACGUCAGCAAACAGCUGGAUAAAUGGCAGAAGGAAUACAACCUGAAGUAUGUGGACCUGAUAGAGGAGCAGCUCAACGAAGCACUAACAACCUACCGUAAACCUGUUGAUGGAGACAACUACGUCAGACGCAGCAACCAAAGGUUACAGAGACCAAAUGUCUAUCUCCCUGUGCACUUGUACGGUCAGCUGGUCCAUGAUAAGACAGGCUGUCAUCUUUUGGAGGCUCAGAGUGUGGUUCCUGACCUCAGCUACACAGUUCGCUCCCCGAUGCUGGACACCUGGGAGGGCAUUAAACAGCUGAAGGCUGCUCUCUGGGCACUGGGCAACAUUGGCUCUUCAAACUGGGGUCUGAAUCUCCUGCAGGAGGAGAAUGUCAUUCCUGACAUCCUCACUUUGGCUCAGCACUGUGAGGUGCUGUCAGUAAGAGGGACGUGUGUUUAUGUCCUGGGUGUGAUCUCCAAGACCAGACAGGGUUGUGAGGUGCUGAAACAGUACGGUUGGGAUGCAGUCAGACACAGUCGCAGGACGUUGUGGCCUGUCACUCCAGAUGAGGUCGACACGCAGCUGACCUCUGAACUUUCCUCAGUGCCAAGCACGCUCAGUCUGAACUCCGAAUCCACCAGCUCGCGCCACAACAGUGAGAGCGAGUCUCAGCCAAACAUGUACAUUCUAGACGAUGACAAGUGUGAUGUUCUGGACCAGUCAGACGAGCCCUCUUUCUAUCUACACCCCAAACCAGUCAAGGACCGCAGCCCCUUCACCAUCCUGGCCUCCUCACGCUUUGUUCGCACUCGCUUCCUCAACUCCCUGUCCCUGCCCAGCAAGAAGCUGCGCUCCACCAGUGACCCGAAGACCCCUUCAGGCUCUCGCACCCCUACUGAUCUCAAGACAGGGAGUAUGAGGCGGAACCGGACAGUGACAGAACCAUCGGUCUACAGCCCAAACCAGGGGGACGUCUUCACUCCUGUGUUUAAUGGCAGAGGAAUGCCGAAGAGUCCCACAGUGAGCCUGGAGACGUCCUUUGUCGGAACCAGGGGGGGCUCUGAGGAACACCUUGUGGACGGAAGGCUGGCUAGGGGAGGGGGCUCAGGCCUCGGACUAAGUGGUCUAGCCGGGCAUGGGACUAUGGAGCACCCCAGCCGGGAGAGGGAGCAGAGCAGCCGAGAGCGUCUGGCAGGAGACGGCGGCUCCUCUUCUAGCGGAGGCAACGUGGGAGGGGGUGGAGGAGGUGGCGGAGGUACGCAGUUUAAAAGCCGCAGUCAGAGCUUUAACACAGACACCACAACCAGCGGAAUCAGCUCCAUGAGCUCCAGCCCCUCCAGGGAGACCGUUGGAAACCCCGAGCAUCCCGAACCUGAACCAGACUCUUCUGACUGUGUGAGCCUCAACACAGUGGUAUCUGCCAAGACUGUCAAGACGCUCCCCUCUCUCACCCCCCAGGCACAGACCAACCACAUGUCAACGCCUAAGUCCUCCACUGUCUCUCUGGUACCGCCCGGCUCCUCACACACUCUCCCCCGCCGAGCUCAGUCUCUCAAAUCUCCUUCAGUAACCACCAUCAAGAGCCUGGCUGACUGUAGCUUCAUAUAUACCAGCCCAAGAGACGCACUGGGCUACGCCACGUUGAAGAGGCUGCAGCAGCAGAGGAUACACCCGUCUUUGUCUCACAGUGAAGCACUGGCUUCACCUGCCAAAGAUGUGCUGUUCACCGACACCAUCACUAUGAAGACCGGCAGCCUGGACUCCAGAUUAACACCUCGCAGUCUCUCCCCCCGGAUCCUCUCACGCACCUCUCCUCUUGCCCUCCCUAGGUUUCUGAAAGCUCUGAGCUUCGCCUCUCUGGAUAAAGAGGAACUACUCAGCCCCAUCAACCAAAGCACCCUGCAACGCUGCUCCUCAGUGCGCUCAAUGGUGUCUAGCGCCACCUUUGGGUGCAACGAUGACUACAUUGGCCUAGCACUGCCCAUGGACAUCAAUGACAUGUUCCACAUCAGAGACUCGGCCUACUUUCAGCAGAGGAUCAGCCCGCCGUCCGAAGAGCGGAAACGCUUCCUCUUUGGUGAUGGAGAUGGUGAUCGCCCAGCUAUCCCAGUACUAAAGCAGCAGUUCAGUAUCUCUGAGCUGAUUAUUUGCCGAGGCGACACCCAGAACCACACGGUGGGUUCAGAGGAGACAGGACUACAGGAUCACACUGAAGAAAACUGCCUCUACUGCGUAGGAGCCAUCGUCCUUGGAUACCCAACACAGCCACAAAUCAACAGCACGCACCCUCGGACGGACUAUGUCGACUUCCCGUCAUGGGGAGGCCAGAGCGGCCAUCGUCUGGAGGUGAUGCCUCAGUCCAAGUUCUCUGGGGUGUCAGGCUGCAGCGAUGCUGCUGUGUCACAAGGCUCAAUCUGUAGCACGCCCACACCUGGUGACAUUGUCAUUGGUGGAAAGGCGAUAUCAGAAGACGGCCCUGCCUCUCGUGUUCUGCUGAGGAAGGAGGUGCUCCGCCUCAUCAUCAACCUCAGCUCCUCUGUGGGAACCAAAGGCCACGAAACAGGACUACUGACGAUAAAGGAGAAGUUUCCAUAUGCGUUUGACGACAUCUGCCUGUACUCCGAGGUUUCUCACCUCUUAGCCCACUGUAUGUUUCGCUUGACCUCAAGACGCUUCAUACAAGAACUCUUCCAGGACGUGCAAUUCAUGCCAAUGUAUGAGGAAGCAGAGGCAAUCCUGACAAAGCUACCAAAACCUGUCGAAGAGGAUGUUGACCCUCCUACAGAAUCCUGAUUAUCCUUCCCCCACUUUUGUGUUCCCUGCACAGCCCCGGUCCUGCCACCCUGCAAACACCGAACGAACGCUAGACAGAGAAAAUUAACUUAUGGCUCUAAGGAUUUUGGGGGGGGGGGACUGGCAUGUUUCUGUUGCUCAAAACGGAGUAGCAUAGCCAAGGAUGGAGGAGGAGGAGGAGGAGGAGGAGGUGGUCAUCACUCACCUUUCUUCUAGCAAGUACGAGCUGGAAACAAAGGAUGUCAGUAUCUGUAAACAAAGUUUAACCCGACAUGCCUAAUGCUGUCUCAGACCUUUUUUUUUCUUUUUUUUUUUAAACAGGAAAAAGGGGGAGCAGUUUAACCAAAUACUGUUUUCAGAUGGGUUGGCAAUCUUGAGCAACACUCAAUAAUACAUCAACAUAAUGCUUAAGGACAAGCUGGAUCAUUAAGACAAAGACUCACGCUGUGUUUAAAAAAGAAAAAGAAAAAAGAAAAAAUUCUAUCAACAUUUUAUCUCUUUUCAGAGGUGGUGUUUUUCUGUAAUGAAAUUAAUAAGGCAUGUUGUUGUGUCUACCCAGUGAUUCCUCGGACCCCACGUUCUUUUUCUCCUUACGAAACAAAACACUACAGGGGGGGGGAGGGGGAGUCCUGCUGUUUUUAAAACCGUAUCUGGAGCCUUCCUGGUUCAUAUCCCACCCCAACCUGUGAUCUGUUUUAGCCAGAUAUGUGCUUUUUGCUUCUCUUGCCUCACCACUUCCUACAACCUGUAGCCUCUUGUCAGCACAGACAGCCAAUUACUUUUCUAUUUCUUGUAUCUCAGACAAUCAAAACAUCACUAGUAUUGUAUUUUCUAAAGCACUAUAUAUGCCAUCCUUACACAGUACAUGAGAAGAAUAGCAUGUAAUUUAAUGCUAGUCUAUGCCAUCCUUUACUUCCUUAGGACCUUUAAUGUUUUUUCUUCAGCCACUGCAUUAUUAGCAAGCUUCUCAGGAGGCGGGUUUAUCUCUGGAGUAAUGCUCGGUUGUACAAGUUAUCUGUAGAUUGAUUCAUUACAGAUUUUAGUACCAAACUCUGCUCACAGACGUUUUCCAAAACAUGCAUAAGCCCAGCAGCUACCCGACUCUAUGCCUUCUUACCUCUGUGCUUCACCUCCACUGCAUGUGCAACAAGCAUGGCAAAGUUGUAACAUCACCUUAACACGUUUUCUUGCUUGUAAAACUUUUGAAAAAAAAAAGGUUGCCAUUACAUGCUGCCAUUACAUUGUAGGAAUAUAAUAACCCCUCAAUCUGUUUCCACAAUGCAAUAUCACUGUCUGUCAUUGGCUGAGAUGGAGGAGGGGGGAAGGGGGUGUGUGUGUGUGUGCGAUGACUAAAGGAUUUGUAAAAGGUUUCCAGGGAAACAGGGAUCUCUGUUUCCAUUGGCUUGUUUUUGCUAUAAUGCUGCUACAAAAAUGGACUCAUAGAGAGAUGAUUCAUAGAUCAGCUGAGUGAUGUCAGAUCCGAUCUAUUUAUUAUAUGUCUGUACCAUAGAGUGAGCUCAACCAGAGAAGAAACAAAGUUAUUUAUAUUUUUUCCUCAAGACUGUAUUAUAAUUUAAAAAGAUUUUUUUUCUUUCUUUUUUUUCUUUUUUUUUCUUUUUUUUGCCUGAAUCGUGGUUUCCCUUGUAUAAUGUGUACAGUAUGUUUUUGGGGGCAUUGAUGACCUAAAGAAACAUACAAUCCUAUCAAAGGGAUGCAUUGUUAAUAAAACAAAAUUUGAAAUACCCAA